CCGCUCGGCUCCUCCUCUCCAAGCUCCACCUCCUCGCCGGUGAUUGGCCACCUGUGUGCCUCUCCUGAGCUACAGUUCCGGCGGCCAAUCACCGGCGAGGAGGCAGAGCUGUUGAGUGUGGUAAUUGGCCGCCAGAACUGUAGCUCAGGAAAGGCACACAGGCGGCCAAUCACCGGCGAGGAGGCGGAGCUGAGCGGCCCCGCGAAAAUCGAGUGGAGAUGCAGGUAAGUGUGCCGUGCUUAGGUGCUGCUGCAACCACAUAUGCUGGCUGCAGCAGCACCGUACUGGAACAGGGGUCAGCAAGUGUCAGU